UCUGGUUAAGAUUGAGUGAAAUUUAAAAAAUAAAUAGACUUUUGGAAUAAAAUUUACAAAAUGAUUAAACAAAUAGUGGUACUUGUUGCUGUUGCAGUUGCUGUGUAUUGUGAUGAUGAUCAACCCGAAUACAUCAAACAGUGUCGAGAGUCGGACCCGGCGUUAUUGGAUUGUCUGAAGGAUUCGCUGCAUCACCUGAGACCGUACCUGGCCGCAGGAAUCCCCGAGAUUGAGAUGCCGCCGGUCGAGCCCUUCCGCAUGGACAAGCUGUCGCUCGCGCUCACCGAAUUUCAACAUAAAAGGCCGUUAAGUGAAAAUGGAAAACCGUUCCAGGCCAGAGUUACCAUGCCAAGAUUAAGGAUUGCAUCAAAAUAUUUGAGCAGUGGAGUUUUGAUCAUUUUACCAGCUAGUGGAAAUGGAACUUUCAGUGGAACAUUUGAUGGUGUAACAGCCGAUUUAUCAGGUACAGUGUCAACAUCAGAGAGAAACGGGCUCAAGUACUUGCAUGUCGAUUCGCUCCAUUUGGACCUGAAGGUGCGCGACGUGCGAAUGCAGGUGUCACGAGUGUUCAACAACAAUCGAAUUCUUACUGAAGCCACAAAUUUAUUCUUAAGAGAAAAUGGACAAGAAGUUCUAGGAGCCAUGAGUCCUCAAUUAAGAAAAAAACUUUCUGCAGAAUUUAGUCGUAUUGCAAAUCAAUUAUUGUUACAUGUUCCUAUUUCGAAAUUUUUGUUACCUUAGAUAUUAAGACUUGAAAAUAUUGUUUUUUUUAAUAUUUUAUUA